GAGAGAGAGGGGAACAGGUCACCUCCCAUCCCCUCUUUCUCUCCCUUCCCCACCCCCCCUCUCUGACUAGACAGAGAGAGAGAGAGAGAGAGAGGAGCGCCGCGCAGGUGGUGGUAGAUGAGCUCGUGAGUGGGUUGCGGGCGACCACAUCCAUUUCCCCACUGCCCUGCUGCCUCCUCUCCUCCCCUCUCCUCUCCUCUCGUUUGGUUCGGACUUGAAGAAUCAAGAGGCGGCGGCGGAAGAAUGGGACAGAUGGGAGGAGACGACGGCGACGGCGGCCACCCGCACUCCAACCCCAACCAGUACCACUACCAAGCGCUCCUCGCCGCCGUGCAGAACCCCAACCAAAACCUCCACCCCUUUCCCCUCCCCUACCCCUUCCCCGCGGGACCAGGAGCUGAUGCCUCAACACACAAUGAUGCUCCCCGCUCUCAAACUCCAAGAGGUUUUGCCGAUUGGAGUGCAUCCAACAGUGCCUUCUCGUCCCUUGCUGCGCAGCCCACUCCUGCCACCGGCAAUGCAGCCUUCCAUCACAACCUCUCCCAGUCUUAUGCUCUAUGGACCCAUUACAUGCUUAACAGGAAUGUAUCUUACUCUUAUCCUGCACCACAUGAGGAGCAUGCCCCCCCUUUGCGCCAUACUCUCAGCCAGGAUAAGGAUCUAGGUUCUGCAUCCAGCCUCGGGGUUGAGUCUUUCACUACAAUGUCCCUAGGACCAAAUAUUUGCACUCACAUGCCUUCCAUGGAAGGAUCUAUAUCUGCCAAGGAAGCUGAGAAUUCAGAGGAUUUGCCUACAGUAGUUAGAAACAGUGAUGAAAUGGAAACCAGAAACAGUGGUGAAGACCACCGUGAGACAGUUGGCACUCUUCCGGAUUCGAAGCAAGGUCGUGAAAGCUGCACCACUAAGUUCAACUCUGGAGAAUACCAAGUCAUUUUGCGCAAGGAGUUGACAAAGAGUGAUGUUGCAAAUGUUGGAAGAAUUGUGCUUCCCAAGAAGGAUGCUGAGGCUAGUCUUCCGCCAUUGGUGCAAGGGGAUCCUCUGAUACUGCAGAUGGAUGACAUGGUGCUCCCAAUUACGUGGAAAUUUAAGUACAGAUUCUGGCCAAACAACAAAAGCAGAAUGUACAUUCUGGAAGCUGCAGGAGAAUUUGUGAAGACACAUGGCCUUCAGGCAGGGGACACCCUCGUUAUCUACAAAAACUCCGUGCCUGGCAAAUUCAUUAUCCGUGGGGAGAAGGCCAUUCAGCAGGCAACAAACCCCUAGAUGCAUUUCUACAUGAUUGCAACAGCGUCAAAGAAGGCGUUGGAGGAUGUGAAUUCACCAAAAGCUCACAAUCCAACAUAAGUUAAUGGAGUUGUCGACUUUCAUUGCUGGGUAACCAUGACAUGAGAAUGAGAUAAAAAAAGGAGAGAAAAUCAUGAGUCUCUGACUUCUUGACUCCGAGUGGAUGGAGAAAAGAAAGAAGAGAAAUUUUGGGAGAACAUCGCCAAGUGCCACGAAAGAGAUUCUGCAAGCCUACAUCUGAGUUGAGAACGAUUAAUUUACGCUUUUUGUUUUUAAUUCAGCUGUAUUUGGAAGCUCGAGUUCUGCAUUGCAUUCUGAACAACAUUCGCAGUUUUUGUAAAUAUUUUGGAUCUAUAAUAUAAAGGAAGUGGCCUGGACCUUAUGCA